AUGCACCUGUCGAUCAAAAUUCCCCUACCCUCUCUCAAAAGGUGGCCUUGCAUCACUGGCGAGAACGCUCAUGACAGCGCGCAUAUCACCGCAAUUGAGCCCCCUCACGAGGAAGACACCUUUGAAGAAAUCGCCAACAUCAGCGACGAAGUUGAGUCUCGCCAUGACUCCGAUGACGAAGUCCCCUACCCUGAAAGCCCAAUCACCUACAACGGCGGCCAGUACCUCGACGUAGAAGACUACUUCUACCAUAACGACGGAAAAUACUUCGAAAAGGCCUUGCGACCGGAGAAGAAGCCGAAGCCUCCUCAGCCAAAGAUGGACGACUACCUCUUGAACGAACUGCACAUCGCCAUACACGGAGAGAAGGACCCAGAGGUCAUCAAGAUGGAGAGCUACGUCAACGAAAUCAACAACCAGUCUGACGCGCCUCUGCAGCCCAAGGAUCCUUAG